AUGAGCUUAGAGCUUGCUGUCAUUGGAGGUGCAGUAGUCGGUCUACUUUGCGCAAUCCUCGUAGUGAUGUUCAUCGUCUACAGGAUGCGAAAGAAGGAUGAGGGCUCGUAUGCCCUCGACGAGCCGAGGAGGUCACCAGCGACACAGGCAUAUCCAAAACCUGGGGCGCCACAUCAUAACCGAGAAUUUUACGCUUGAGGCCCCCUAGUUCAGGCCACCGGCAAAUCCUUGCGCACCACAAAACCACCUCAAGACCGAUACUGAUCGACCGAAUCGAUUACGAUGUGGAUCGCAGCUGGAACACUCUUGAUCAGCAACUGAGCAAAAGUCCUGCGAGCCAUCAAUAGCCUGCAGGAAGGGAUGAGCGUGUCCAGUCUUUUGAUAAAACACUCAGCAAAUGGACCUCUUGCGCUCGAAACUAAACCUCAACACACUACCGACUCGUUUCUCCUAUUUUCCUUUUUCUAUGCAAUAGCGAACGAUCGAGUCUGCGUAUUAAUUCGGACCUUAAAUCUUUAAAUUCUAGAGUCCUUUGAUUUGUCGAUUCGCUGACUUUUUUUUCUUCAGUUCUGGUGUCGACGACAGUGUCCUUGAAAUGGAAGUCGGACCUUUAAAUUCGACGACCGCUGGACACGGUUACGCCCUCGUGACUUAAGUUUUAAAAUUUUUUGAUUCUGAUGCUUUUGGGUUUUAGUUUUUUUAGGGCGAGCCGCGUUACUAAGCUACAGUGUUAACUUUGGUGCUCGUCCUAUCAGAUUCGUCGGCAUUAUUGACAAAGAUAAACAAAUUUCAGAUUCAUUUAUGUAAAAUGUCCGAACUUCUGUGUAUAGAACCGAAGAACUUCGAUAUAUAUCGUGGUCAAUUACGUUGGCCACCUAGCUCGGUGGAAGGAAGGAUGAACCACAAGUCCUCUUGACUUGUACCGCAUUUUUAGAAAUCAUGACUCUCCUCUGUACCCGCUGCAUUUGGCCGGGUAAAAUGCUUUCAUCGAUUCCUGGGAACUUUCGACGAAAAAAAUGUGCUUGAGUCAUUAAGCUACUCUGAGUACCUUUUUAUUCGACAAUUCAUUUCAGUUUUCAUUUAAAAGGAAAACCAUGCAAGACUUGAUACAGAAACAUAUAAAGUAAAAUUUACAUGUAAUGAACGGAAUCAUAAAGUUUUUUUAUUAAAACAUUGGUGUUUUCAUUUUCAAAGAACACCAGAGAAGUUGUUGGAAAUGAUUCCAGGUAUUAAGUGCAGAAUUCUCAUUACUCUUGUUGUUUUUGUUGUUCCUUAAGAUACAAGAUUUAUCUCACAUUUUUUAUACAUAGCAGACUCUUCGUCGAAUCGACUUGUAAAUAUAAGGCUAUACAUCGAUUGGUUUAUUGCUUUGGAUCGGCGAAGUACAUAUACGUUAGAAGUGUAAAAUAUUGUUUAAAGGCUGUUCAGCGAUGGUACGUGUGAGAGGAUAAAGUAAAUAAAAUGAAACACAUUUUUGUUUCGCAAAACAAGCCAGGUUUGUUCCUCCUUCUACCUCCGUGUUAAUCGAAUAAUGUAAUUGCGUCUAGUGGCAACAACUUUUAAAUUAAAAGACAUUGCGAGAGAUAUAAAAUUAUUAUAUUAUGUUGAAAUUGCUGUAGAUUUGAGGCGAAAGGAAGCUGCCGUAGUCCCGGAGUAGCGCACACGGGUCAUGACUGACUGACACGAGUUUGCCAUAUAAUUCAAAGAAACAAAAGUAUCUUCAUUCCGUGAUUCUGUCCGCGGUAUAUUUAUUAUUGUGAAUCGCGGAUUGUUCUAUUAUUUAUUACUGACAUGCCUAUUUUCUCCGUAUUUUAUACUGACUACUUCUCGUAGUCCCGAGUCUCGCCCUUCCGCUAGAAAUCAUCCUAUAUUUUUUUAAAGUCCGAAUCUAUAGAGAAUGGCAACCAUCUACACGAGCCCAGUUUAAUGUUACAUUUUAAUGUUGCAGUGUAAUGUUGCAAGAAGACUUCGUCUUCUUAUUUUUCCCCCUGUAUACGACACAGAGCUUCCUUUCGACGCGGAACACUGCAGACACGAUAGAACAAUACGUUGAAAAAGUUAUAAAGCCGCCCCUGCCAUACAUACUACGUAAGAAACAACAAUUGGUUUCGAAAAUUUCACGAGUCCGCCUUUUUCGUCAUUGUGAAAAACUUUUUCAACCAUCAUCAUUAUAAUUAUCAUAGUCGUCGUUUUCGUCGUCGUUAUAAGGGUUUUUUUUCGUUACUUUGUUUUUCCUUUUUUACGAAGCCGAACUCGUUUCCACCUUUUUUACGUUCGUACCUCAACAAAUACAAUGGGCUGAAAAAUGCAAAAAGAGUUAAGUCGAGUUGUCUAAAGGAGAAAAAGUUUCCCUUCUGACAAGAAAAGGAAAAAAUACCACUUUUAGACUUGUGUUUAUGCUGCCAAUUUCACGCUGGUUAGAUUUCCCUACUUCCUGCAACUGUCACACAGGAUAUUUUUGGUAAUAAAUGCAGGAAAUUUUUGAUUUAAAAGCAAUGAAAAAUAAAAUUUCUAAACAUAUAUGUAAGUGUACAAAAAUCAAAGUAAUUGAUGGAAACUUAUCGCUUCGUGUAUAUCUGUAGAAGGGGUUUUUGAUCGAAAAUCGUAUGCGUCACUUUCUACAUGCUAUAAAUGCACGUUUAAAACAAAUUUAUGUAGUAAAAUAUUUUUUAGUUUAGUAUUCGUACCUUCUUCAAUUGCUCAAAGUUUUAUUUUAUCUGACCUGUUUACAGAUACUAUCAAAUUUACAAGCACAUAAUGUAGUCAGGCUUUGAGCGUGCAAGUUCUUUGGAAUUUAAAGAAUUUAAAGACUUGAAUGAACCGCUAAAUUAUAUACAAGGUCACAUCAAACUAUGUCUUAAACUUAAGCACUUCCUUCUUUGUAUCAGUGCAGAGUAAUGUUUAUAAUAUCUGCUGUUUCCUUUCAGUAACGGGAUGAAAUUUAUUCAUAGAAACGCAACUUCACCCAAACAUUUUCGCUUAUGCUUUUAUCCAUUCUGUUGACAAAGCCUCUUUCUUCUACGCUAAAAAAAUAUAGCGCGCGAAACUAGAAGAGAAAGAAAGCCAAUCAAGUUUCCUUUCAUCUUCAAAUGCAUUAAUUACGCUAGUCUCGAUUCAAUACUCUUUUAGUGGGAUGGGAGAUAGGAAACUUAUUUAAAUCUAGGGUAAUGGGUACAAUAAUUGGUCACCCUCCAGUGAUUUGCUAUUUUUAAAUAAGUUUUAAUGCUCAAUAUUUCUUAAUAUAUGAUAAUUUUGAAGUGGUUAACCAUUGCGAAUGUGGCCAAUCACUGUACACAUUACCCUAAACUGUUUUUUAAAGUUUUCAUUUUUUAACUCGAUUAUCUGUUUUCUUCAAAAAAUUGAUUUUGAUAUGAAAUACUAAUAGAUAUUUAUAAUAUGCAGUAUUGUGGUAUUUUUUAUCUCCUAUCGAUAUAAUGAAAAAGUACUCGAUUCGAAUUCUCUUCUUAAAUCCGGAAUUGAUAGAACAGCGCGUUAUUGAUUACCUUCCAUAGGGUCCAUCGAUUUUCUACAAUGUAUUUUGAUUCGCAUUUAUAGCAUCUUUCACAGCACAGCUUAAAA